GCCAUGAAAUCAGGCUCCAUCAUGUGACCAAUCCCCAAGUCAAUAUCAGCUUGAUCAGCUCAGCAAGUCGAGAGCAGCUAGCUAACUAGCUGUGCUGGAGAACUAGACACACACACACACACACACACACACACAGAGGCGCGCGGGCACGAAUGCACGAAUGCACCCAAGCUUUAUAAUAAAUAUAGAGGUGUCCGCUAUAGAAACAUGCCGUCUUUGGUUGUUUUGAAUUAUUUCGCAGCUAAACAGCACACAGGAUCUUAAUCAGGUUUGUGCGGGGACUGUGUGAGAUGUUGCUGGCUUCGGCGGUGGUGGUGUGGGAAUGGCUGAACGAGCACGGCCGCUGGAGGCCCUACAGCCCGGCUGUGUCGCAUCAUAUCGAAGCGGUGAUCCGCGGGGAGACGCGGGGCGCGGGGAGCGUCGCGCUCGGCCAGGUCGACUCCAGACUCUCGCCCUACAUCAUCGACCUGCACUCCAUGCACCAGUUCCGCCAAGACACCGGUACAUUGCGACCUGUGCGCCGGAGUUUCUAUGACCCGCGCUCGGCUCCAGGGCAGGGCUGGGUGUGGGAGUGGGAGAACGACUCGGGCACAUGGACGCCGUAUGAUACAGAAGUGGGUAUUGCCAUCCAAGCAGCUCGGGAGCGGCAGCAACCAUGGCUGGACCUGACGCCAAUCGGCUUCUGCUAUCUUAUCGAUCUACAGGGCAUGACUCAGAUCAACAGGCAGACACAGCGCCGACGUCGCAUUCAAAGACGCUGUGACUUGGCCUACCCUCUCGUCUCAGGCCCUCUGCCUAAGCCUCAUGCCUGGACAUCCAAUGGGAGUGCAGCACACUCAGGGAUGAGUGUGUCUGCAAUUGGAGGUGGAAAUGGAAGCGCAUACCCAAGUGGAGCCCUUCCUGCUUCAACCAUCACUUCUCUCGGUCAGCCUUGCUCUUGUCAGCAGUGCAUGUUGGUUUUGGGUGUGAAAACCACAAGCAUGGCACAGACUCUGGGUCGGAAAUCCAUGCCUCUGCCCAGGCCAAGGAGUCCAAAAACUGCUCAGCGGGGCCAUUCAUACUCGCUCACGCUACCACACAGGAACUCCACAACAGCUGGUGGGUUUGCACACUCGCUGUCCAUGCUAGACUCGGCCACUGCCGCUCUUUCUAUUUCCUCCAACCGUCCUCCUCCACCUGCUGUUCCUCCACCUCCUCCACCUUCCUCUACUCCUCAUACUACCUCUCCACCAAAUCAGACAUCCUCCAGUGCCCUCAUCUCCACAACUGCCACCUGUGCCCCAACCCCUUCAGCCCGAGUCCUAGGCCCCGUGUCUUCAGCAGCCUGUGCCGCCCCAGUGCCACCCCGUGCCAGCCUGGCAGGCCUCAGCCGUCCUGCACUGCAGAGGAUCGCCAUGGCACAGUCACGGGCACUUAUCGCCUCUGGAGUUCCAACAGUCCCAGUUAAAAACCUAAAUGGCUCCAGUCCUGUUCACCCAGCCUUGGCUGGCAUAACCGGCAUCUUGAUGAGUGCUGCAGGGCUUCCUGUUUGCUUGACCCGCCCUCCCAAAUUGGUGCUUCACCCCCCACCUGUAAGCAAAAGCGACAUCAAGCCUGUGCCAGGCCUUGGCCACUGCUGCCGCAAAACCACCAAGAAACAAGCGCGCAAAGGCAGAACUCCAGAGGAAGUCGUGAGGAGGUACCUGCAGAAGGUCCGCAACCCUCCAGAGGAGGACUGCACUAUUUGUAUGGAGGCUCUAGCAGGUCCCUCUGGUUACAAAGGCCCUGGCGUGGGUGGCAUUUCCCGGGCAGAGUCGGUCGGCCGUCUGUCUCAGUGCGGGCACCAGUACCACCUGCAAUGCCUAGUGGCUAUGUACAACAAUGGCAACAAAGACGGCAGCCUGCAGUGCCCCACCUGCAAGACCAUCUAUGGAGUGAAGACUGGCAACCAGCCACCAGGCAAGAUGGAGUAUCACGUUAUCCCGCACUCGCUGCCCGGGCACCCUGACUGUAAAACCAUCCGGAUUAUCUACAACAUCCCUCCUGGCAUACAGGGUCCUGAGCACUCAAACCCUGGCAAGCCCUUCACAGCGCGUGGAUUCCCCAGACAUUGUUACCUCCCGGACAGUGAGAAAGGCCGCCUAGUGUUGAAGUUGUUGCUGGUGGCAUGGGACCGCAGACUGAUCUUUUCUGUGGGAACCUCCAGCACAACUGGAGAGACUGACACAGUGAUUUGGAAUGAAGUCCAUCACAAGACUGAGUUCGGGUCCAACCUGACUGGCCACGGCUACCCUGACUCAGGCCACCUGGAUAACGUCCUGGAGGAGCUAAGGGCACAAGGUAUCGCUGAGGAAGACUGUCUGAGGGACUGAGAAAAUGCAAUGGAAAAGAUGUCCAAGUCUGGAUAUCAGAUUUGGGAAGCAACAGGAACUUAAAGACUUUUUUUUUUUUUAAGUUGAGAAUCCAGUGUUUAAGAUGAAACUUGGGGAACUAUAAAAAACUGGGCAAAGUCACAAACUCAUUCCAUGAGACUGUCUCUUUUGAUGCUCAAGAAAGCUUUCAAUCAAGAUUGUGACCCACUUCUGCUCUAGAGCCUAGCUCGCCAGAUUUGAGGACCUUGAGGUGGAAAGGGUUACAAACUAAUUUACUAUUGCUGGUGUCUGUUCAACAAUUUCUCGUAUUGUAGUUCUGUGAAGGGUACUCCACUCUGAGGUACUUCUGUGCAUGUAAGUAUAACAUUUGAUGGAACAAGUCCAUUUUUAUUUUUUUUGUUUUUGUUUUUUUUUACUCGACAGAGGCCCUCACGUUUUUUUGCUACGAAGCUCCAGUUGCCGUUUCAGAUGGAAUGUGAAUGUUUACUGCCCUCUAGUGGCACUUGAUUAUACAUUCCAUCCAUAAUCAUGGUACAGUCACUUGAUUUUUAUCAUGGAUUUCAUUUUUCACUUUUAUUUACACUACAAUUAUGAAUUACUUUUAUACUCGUUUUAAUUUCCGUUGUACCUUAUUUUGUUAUCGAUAUGUAGUUUAUAACUUAGAAGCCAAUGUUUUGGUAACAUUUGGGGUAAUAAAGCUAAUAAGUCUUUGUCUUGGGCUGUUAAACCUGUCCUUGGACAUUAAACACAAUCCACUUACAGUAUUGAUCAGUAUUAAAGCCAAGCUAUCAAUGUGGGAAUGGUGGUGGGUGGGGUCUUUGUGCAACGACAAAUGCACAAAGCGAGCUUUCAUCCUUACUCUUUAAUUCACAAAGCCACAUUAAAGCACGAGUUUACAAAAAAGAAAGUUUUAUCAUGAUUAGACACGCAACCAGAGAUGAAAUGUACAACAGCUGCCCCGACGCUAAAUUUAACCAUGUUUCGGAUAAAUGUGAUCUACGACAUGUCGGCCUUGUUUAGUGGUUUGACAUAGCGUCUUGUAACUCAAGACACUGUAUUGGUCACUGAGGAGCGGAGUUGACUACCAGCCUGGAGAAAAUCAGCUUGCUUUGGAACAUCUGGUCCUACUUUGUGGGUAGAUCUGUGCUGUGGUCUCCAGUUACUUUUCUAGUCAGUGAAUGGUAGGUCCACGAUGGACACGUUUACAAAAAAAAAAAAAAGUAUUGUUGUCAAGACAUUUGAGCAUGUGUGUACAUGCAAAUAUAAGCUUACAUUUAUAGUUGAAGUAUUACUGUGUGCUCUGUGUUUUCUGUACACAUGGUCUGUUUUUUUGCAUCGAGUGUUGCAGCAACUCAGUAAAGCAAGCACUUCUAACCUUUUUUUUUAAUUAUUAUUAUUAUUUUUACAUAUUUUUUUAGUCAUGUCUAGUCAAAAACAUAAGCUGUUUUUUUUAUUAUUAUUUGUACUGUGAAUUUUUACUCACCGAUUGCACUUGUAUUUUUUUUUUCCUUCAUGAUAGUUGCUCUGGUUAUUGCAGUCAAAAAAAAAUAAUCAGCCAAGAGGAAGCUGCAAAGAAACAGUGUUUGGAGCUAGAAAUAUUGUUGCUGUAUAAUAUAAACAAACAUGUACAGAAUAACUUGCAUAUUAAAAAAAAUAGCUGCUGGAAUACUGAAUGAAUAUUAAAAAGGAACAUCUGUGUAGGGUUUGUUCAUCUCAA